CAAGAAUGACUCUCUCCCUCAGAGGCCAUAGUCUUAAGUAAUUCGGUAUAAGAUACAAACGCACUCUGCCUUGUCCUUUUGAUCAUAACUCACUCCUUUACAUCUUUCUCCUUCUGGAUCUGUCGGUUGGAAUAUUCCUUAAACCCGAGCCCUCCGCCCGCUACGGACUCGUCAGGAUUAGCUUCCCCUCUCUCAGAUGCAUCGGCACGGGGCGGGAAUUAUUUUCUCAAGCUCGUAAUUCGAUUCGUGACCAGACACACCAUAGUACCCGUACAGCGCAAGAGGAAGUGACUUUCGAGUUCCGAAACCUUCACAGCUCAUCGCUUAUUACGCUUAUUUUCUCGCUACUGGAAACCACCCAUUGAAUGUGAGUGGUGUUUCGGACAAAGAAGUUCUGUGUUAAUCCCCCCUCAAGAUUGCAAAAGGAUAAAAAGUUAAAACAAACUGUCACACCCCCCCCCUGCCCUCUUGGUAGCGGGUCCCCCACCUCAUCCCCUCAUCGCCUGCAACGUCCCUGCGCUACACGAGUGCCCCCCCAACAAGCAGCACACUUACCGUCAACACCUUUCGAAACUGGGAGCCGCCGACCAACCUCUUGAUCCCCACCUCCACGGUGAGGUCCUUAGCUUCGAGUAUGGAAUCAUCACAAACACAAUCACAAACUCAACCUCCACUCCCGCCUCUACCGCCCUUACCUCCCCUAGCCCCAGUACACCGUCCACGGCGUCCAAGUAAUAACCUAAUUCAGCCCCCGCCUCCACACCUCUCACGGCGGAAUAGUAACCACGGCUCAACAUCCUCGCAAAGCUCCUCAUCCCCAUCUCCUCAUCGGAGAACAUCAAGACGGCAAACGAGCGAGUUAAUCCUUCCCCAAUGGCAACCGGACGAAAGCGUGAAUCGGUGCCCCAUAUGUCAUAAUGGGUUCACAUUCUUCAACCGAAGACACCAUUGCAGGAAAUGUGGACGAGUAGUGUGUAAUCCCUGUUCACCUCACCGAAUCACCAUCCCGAAAGCUUUCGUUGUCCGCCCGGCUGCACAGACUUCAUGCUACGAGCCUCCGCCCUCACGUUUGCCGGGUAGUCCCGGGGAUGCCGAUUACGAGGACAACCAGGUAAGACAAGGGAGGAUCACAGCUGAGCCAGCGUCUCAGUCGUUCAUUUGGAAUUCGAACUCCGGGGAUGAAGAUGAAGGGAUGCAAGUGCGGAUCUGUGAGCAGUGUCUUGGCAGGAGGCCAUCGGACUCGCAUCACAGUCCGGGGAGAGGCGCUUCCGGGCCGAACUCCGGGAACAAUGGGGGAGGUGGGUGGGUGAGCGGUUUUCUUGGUGGGGAUAGCGGAGGGAUGGGCGUUCCGACUCCACCCCCGGGUAGCAGAGAUGUAAAUCGACGGCGAAGGCAGAGUUUCCAAGGUGGGCGGUCCCUUCCACACAUACACCACUCCGCCAUGUCCCCUGGCUCUCGACCAGCGUACAUGAACUACCAAGCUCCUCCCCAAGCACAUCACUACUACUCUUCCGCAUCCUCCUCCAAUUCCCCCCCGCCCCGUCGUGGCCAGCAACCAUAUUACUCCCCUGCGCCCUACCACCCUUCACAACGCUCCCGAAGUAGUAGCCAAAAUGUGCCACCUCGCCCACACCUUAAGGAAACAGACUAUUGUCCGAUCUGCACGCAUCCACUUCCUCCCGUAGACCCAAACGGAAACGAGGAUGCAAGAGAGGGACACAUCCAAUCCUGCAUUCGUGCUGCCGAGUCCUCGGCAUCUCCCGCUGGUACUCCAUCUGCUGGAACCCCUGCCGGCACCCCUAAUCCCCCUGGAACAGUGCGCGCACGAAGAUAUACCGGAGGUGGACGCAUGGUUGUGUGGAAAGCCAGUGAAAAGGACACCUGGGCAUCUGGGGGGGGAGCUGACGAGAAGAGAGGCGAAAGCGAAGGUUAUGCUGAUCGGGAGAAGGCAGAAUGUGUAAUCUGCUUUGAAGAGUUCGAAGUUGGUGACAUGAUUGCCAGGUUGGAGUGUUUGUGUCGGUAUCACAAGAAAUGCAUUCGAAUGUGGUUUGACAAGAAAGGAAACGGCGAGUGCCCUGUGCACGCUGUUCAUGAGUAAUAGAUUUCUUCAUUCUUGCUUCAGUUGUUCAUUCAUUAAUUGCUUCACUGCUGGCUCGCUCGCUGAUGGCUAGCUAAACCUAGGCGUAGGAUUGUUGUGAUUACAUUAUUGCUAACAUUAUUUCCCAUCUCCUUUUUUUUUUUUUUUGGCUCUCUUAUUGCACCUCUGUGUGCUUACACUAACUGUUUCGGUGGGAUUUGUGCUUUUUUACUUAUACGUUUGUUCGCUCGUGGGGUGAUUUUGCGGACGGGCGGGCGGUUGCAUAGCGUGUUUUGGUCUUUUAUUGCUUUGCUUUGCUUGUUGCUCCGAUGGGAUGGGAGGGGUGUGUAUGUGGGUGUUAAGAUAUGUGUGGCGGUUCACCUAUUGGAUGUAACGUACAGUACAUUAGCUUGUGUGAGUAGUGUUUGCUAGAGGUUGGGCCGGGGAACCAGAGGUGGGGUUUGGCAUGUAAAUGAGAAUGAGAUGGGUGGGCUAGGGUUGGAUAAGACAGGAUGGGCUACUUAUUGUUGAAAUUUCCGCAUUUGUUAUAAAUUGAAGUAUGGAGUAUGUAUUAG